AUGUUCUUCAUCGGCUACCUGGCACAGAUCCCAGCCAACAUGGCGUGCGUGGCACUGGGGCCCCGCCGCUGGCUGCCCAUGCUGCUCGUCGCCUGGGGCGCCGUGGCGAUGUGCUUUGCGGCGGUGGGGAGCAUGGCCAGCUUCCUGGCGCUGCGCCUGCUGCUGGGAGUGGCAGAGGCCGGCGCGUAUCCCGCCAUCAUGUACCUCCUGUCCCUCUUCUACCCGCCGCGCAGCCUGGGCCUGGCGUACACAUGCGUGGCUACGGCCACGGCUGUGGCGGGCCUGCUGGGCGCCCCGCUCGCGGCGGCGCUGAUGCUGCUGGAUGGCGCCGCAGGGCUGCGCGGCUGGCAGUGGCUGUUUCUGGCGGAGGGCAUGCUACCCAUCCUGCUGGCGGCAGCCCUGCCCUUCCUGCUGCCCUCCAGCCCGCUUACGGCGCGCUUCCUGGCGCCAGCGCAGCAGCAGUGGCUGUGGCGGGAGGUGCAGGGCCACGGCAAAGACAUCGAGCUUGUGGCGCCGCCACGCGCGGCAGCAGGGGCGCUUGACCAGGCAGGGAGCGAAGACGGCAACGCGCACGGCAGCACUUGUGUGGAGGACGUCGCGUUGCUGCAGUCGGAGCAGGCGGUGGCUGGGCGGGGCGGCCGGCCGGCUGCUGCCUGGGAGGCGGGAAAGGCAGCAGGCGAGGAGGAGCGGGGCGGCGGCGGUGACAGCGAGGGGGGGCGCUGGAGCGGCGGGCUGUCUGCGGCUGCCGUGCGGGCGGGGCUGCUGGACCGGCGCGUGUGGCACCUGUCGGCCGCCAUGCUGCUGAUCGAUGUGUGCAUGAACAGCUGCAACUUCUGGAUCCCCUCCAUCGUCAAGGCGGCCCUGCUGGGGCAGCUGCAGUCGGACGGAGGCGGCGGCAGCGCCGGCGCCAGCCCCACCACCGCGCUGCUGGUCAAGUCUUCGCUGCUGUCUGCGCUGCCAUUUUGUGGCGCCGCGCUGUGCAUGGUGGCCAACGCGCAGCAUGCCAAGCGCGCGGACGAGCGGCGCCUGCACACCGCGGUGCCCAUGCUGGCGGCGGCGCUGGGCCUGGCGGCCCUGCCCAUGCUGUCUGCCGCCGGCCCCGCACCCGCUCUGCUGGCACUCACGCUGGCUGCCAGCGGCAUCUGGGCCACCCACGGCCCCUUCUUCAGCUGGCCCUCGGCAUUCCUGGACCAGAGGUCUGCCGCCAUCGGCUUUGCCCUGGUGAAGACCGGCGGCGCGGUGGGCGGCUUUGCGGGGCCCUUCCUGGUGGGCGCGCUGGCAGACGCCUUCUCCGGAUACACGGCGGCCAUGGUGCUGCUGGCGGGCGUGGCAGCGGGGUCGGCGGCCCUGGUGUAUGUGUUUGACGACCGCCGGCCAUGA